GCGAGGGCGGCCGUUGCGCAUGCGCAUCCUUCCCCGCCCGCUGCGGAGGUCGCCGAGACGCCCGUCCGGAAGGAAGCAGCUCGGGAGUGUGUGCGCAGGCGCGCGGCGUCCGCAGGCUGAAAGGAGCGCCGGGCAGGCAGGCCUGACCUUGAGGGCGAGGAUGGCGCAGGCCGCGCAGAGGCUGGCCAAGAGGGUGGUCACGCAGGCCCCGCAGGCGCUCUCCGCCGCCGUCGCCUACUCCAGGCCGCGCCUGGCCACCUUCUGGCACUACGCGCGGGUGGAGCUGGCCCCGCCGAUGCCCGCCGACAUCCCCAGGGCCGUCGACAGCAUGCGGGGCCUGGCCAGGAGCUUCCAGGCAGGCCGCCUCAAGCACCUCACCGUCAAGGAAGCUCUGAGGAACGGCUUGGUGGCUACUGAAGUGCUGAUGUGGUUUUACAUUGGCGAGAUCAUAGGCAAACGUGGCCUAAUUGGAUACAAUGUUUGAAAGUCCUUUGCUGUCGAGUCUGUGCUGUAAUCAUAUUAAAUUAUGAUGCUAAGAUCAGUAA